AUGGGUGUGACAUCAUUGUGGAGUGUUUUAGAACCCGCUUUUGACAAGAGGGUUCCAAUUGAUAAAUUCAUUGCAGAUUUUAUUGACAAACAUGGUAGAUUACCUAAAUUAGCUGUUGACGGUAAUUUAUUUACAUUCCUUUCAAAGAACAGAGAAUUUCAAGGUAUUGAAAAAGAAGAAGGAGUUACUAUCACCAAUUUUAAAAGCAAAAUCAUGAAUUUAAUAUAUUCAGGUGCCAAAGUUGUUGUCAUAUUUGAUGGCUCACUAAAACCAGCAAAGCUAAGAAAUGGGUGUGGUUCAUCAUCUGCUGCAGAAAAAACUUAUUCAGAAUAUUAUGAGUUAUUUAAAAGAACUCAAUUUUAUUCAGAAGGAGAUGAUUUAAUUGAAAAAAUUAAGGAUAUGUUGGUUGAGAAUAAAAUUCCAGUAUUACAAGCUCCAGCUGAAGGUGAAGCGACUGCAGCUUAUCUCAAUUAUCUCAAUAUUGUCGAUUUUAUAAUUACAAAUGAUGUGGAUGCUUUGAUCUUUAAGGCAAAGAAUGUACUUUUAAAUUAUAGUAAAUCAAUUGAAAAUAAGGCUGCAUCACCUCUGAAAAAAGCUGGUAAAUAUUAUGUUACUCCAGUUUCAAUGGCCAAGAUUGAAGAGAUUACAUUGUUAAAUAUAAAUCGUUUGAUAUUUUUAGCAUUACUCAGUGGUGGGGACUACUCAAGAGGUCAAACAAAGAUCGGCAUUAAACAUGCAACAAGUUUAGCCUUGUGUGGCACUAAAAAGUCACAAUUCUACACGAGAAAUAGAUUAAAGAUUGAAAAAAAUUCACCAAUAAAUGAAAUUCCACCUCCAGAUUUUGCUGAAAAUUUAAUCAAGUGUUUCACAGAUGACUAUAAAGAAUUAAAGGAUGAAAAAACAAGAAAUGAAAAUUUAUCUAGAUUUCAUCAUCGAUUGAAAGACUAUGUAAAACGUAAUAAUAGAGAUGUGUUUGGAAACAAAGUUGAAUUAUAUUCGACUGAUGACGAGUUAUUUAAGGAAUUCAAUGUACUUUUAUAUCUCUUUCCAUUGGUUAUUGAAAAUUUCCACUUUAGGUUCAAAGACUUAGAUUUAAAUGAUGUUCAUAUUGAAAAGAAAGACACAGAAAAGAAUGGGCUUGAAGUAGUAAAAGCUGUUUAUGUUGGCUCACAUAAUCCUAAAGAGUUUUGGUCUUCUUUAAGUUUCAUUAAAUUACAAGCUCCACAUUUAGUUGUCGAAUUUAAUAACAAACUACGUAAGAAGAAUUAUGGGAUAUCUGAGAAAUCAGUGGAAGUGAUGAAUAAAUUUACGAAGCAAGAUUCAACAAGUCCGAUUAAAUCACCAGAUGGUAGUUUAAAAACGAGAUCAAGAUCAAGAUCGAGAUCAAAUCUGAAAACAUCACUUCGGAAACCACAAAAACGGAAAGCAUCACCUUCUAAAUCACCUCAAAAAAGUAAAAAGGUAAAUGAAAAUGGUCAAAGGAGUAUUCAAGCAUUUUUCAAAAAUAGUUCAAUUGUCAAAUCUACUACACCAACUGAUGAUAAUCCAUUUUUAAAUAAACCUGAUUUGAAAUUUAAUAAUAAUUCAUUUAUGGAAAAAUUAUCAGAUAUAAAUGAAGCAAGUAAAGAAGUAAUUACAGUAGAUGAUCAAAGUGAAACAAGUAAAGAAGUAAUUAUAAUUCAUGAUUAA